GGAGGCCCGGCGGGGCUGGGGCCGGGAGCGGCGGUGGGUUCCUCACAGCCCGGGGCCGCCGGGAGCGCUGCGGGUCUCCGCCGGUAGCCCGGAGAGGAGCGGCGGGGCCGGGCCCGCGCUCGGGUUCGUUGAUCGGUGUCUGGGCCCACAAACCGCGCUGUGGUUUGAGCUCUCGGCGGCCGCUCCUUCCCCUCGCUGGCGGGGAGGGCAUGCCCGGGAUGCGAAAUUCAAGGGCGGGUGUUUCGAAUGUGACACGGAGAGAAAAAAAAUGAAAGGCAAAGCACAUGCAGGUGAUUUUCAAGCCCAGGAUUUUGCCAAGAAGAAGAAAAAGAAGAAGAGGAAACUGAAUGAGUCCAACAACAAACACGAAGAUGCUGAAACUGUGGAAGGUGAAGAGCUCGGCUGCAUUUCCCCAGUGCUCUUUGAAGAGGCAGCAGGACAGGGUGGGGAGGGCAGGACAAAGAAGAAAAAGGGUGCGAAGCAGCAGGCUCUGCUGGAUAAUUAUUUUGUGAAGAUGCAACGUGAGCUCAGCAGUGGGGCUGGAGCUGCUUCCCCGAGGAAGAAGAGGAAGAGGAAGGGUGAGGACAGCACCAGUGAGCUCAGCGAUGUGAACCAGGACUGCCAGGAGGGUGCUGCUGAUUAUGUUUAUUUCAAAAAACACAAGAAGAGGAAAGAGAAGCAGCCUGAAGAGCAUGAGGUGCGUGAGUUGCCUCCCUCUGAGGAACACAGCACGGGCCACAAAGAGAAAUCCAAAAAGAAGAGGAAGAAGAGGAGAGAGGGCAGUGGCCAGGAGGACCCAGAUGAAGCAGCUGAGGCACUGCCAUCACCCUCAGAGCAGGACAGGGGGCACAGGGGGUGGCCUGCACCUGCAGGUGAGGAUGGAGGCUCUGAUGCUGCUUCUGCCAUCACUGAGGUCUCCGUGGAGCUCCCUGCUGAUUUUUCCACACCCAAUAAAGCAUCUGAGCGAGCUAAAAAGAUUCCAGCACAUGUUAAAAAAGCAAAAAACAGCAGCACUUCUGUCAUAGGAGAAAGCUGUUCAGAGUCUGAGAUGAUGACACCAAAAGCCUUGGCAUCUCAUAAAAAGAAGCAGAAGCAGCAGAACAAUUCCUUUUUUGAGUUGGCAGCCUCUGAUGAGGUCAGCGUGGAUGGUGAAGAAAGCCUGGACCCUUUCAUGACUUCAGUUGUGGAUUUGGAUACUGCAAGACAAGAACUGGAAGAGUUUAUUCCUCAUGUGAAGAAUAUAUCAGACAGUUCAAUCAGGAAAAUGGCUGGAAGAGACCUAAUGAGGUUUAAGGAGUUUAAAAAACUGGGUAUGGCUGUCAAGUUUGGCAGAUUUACCCAGAAGGAAAAUAAACAAAUCCAGAAAAACAUUGAAGAGUUCUUAGCACUUACUGGAAUAGACAGUGCUGAAAAACUUUUGUUUACCUCAAGGUAUCCAGAAGAUAAAGACACCAUCCAUCACCUGAAAAUAGAACAUAAUUUUUGUGAAAAAAUCUCUGAAGGCAUACCCAGGCCCUGGAGGCUGAUAUAUUAUCGAGCAAGGAAGAUGUUUGACCCAAAUAAUUAUAAAGGAAGGUAUACUAUAGAAGAAAAAGAACAAUUAAAGAAGUAUCAAGCUCUGCAUGGCAAUGAUUGGAAGAAGAUUUCUGAAUUGAUGUCCCGUUCCAACCUCUCAGUUGCUAUGAAAUACUCUGAAAUCAAGUCAGCUGUCAACUAUGGUCCUUGGACAAAGGAAGAAACCCAGAAGUUAAUAAAAGCAGUGAAGGAUGUGAUGAGGAGAAAACUGAGAACAGAAAAUCCAAGUUCUCUUUCCUCCCUGGAAGAGUCAAAUGGGGAUCUCUGGAUUGACCGUGAGCAGCUGCACCAGCCACUGCCGUGGACUGAGAUUGAAACCAAAGUGGGGAGUCGAUAUUGGAGACAGUGCAAACAGAAAUGGAAUUCAAUUUUAACAAGGAUGUUGACCCAAGGGCACCAGUUGCACAAAGGGACCAAUGGAUUACAGAGCAAGAUCACUCUUAUUAAAAGGUUGUAUGAAACAAAAGCAGAGGAUGCCAGUGAAGUAAACUGGGAUGAACUCAGUUAUGCUAUUGGAGAUGUUCCUAGAAGAUAUGCUCAGUUAAAGUUUUAUAGGCUAAAAGUGUCUUUUGUCCCUUUAUGGAAAAGAAAGACUUUUUCUGAAAUUAUUGACUAUCUGUAUGAAAAGAAGCUCCCAGAACUUGAAGAAAAGUUAAGGGAAGAGAGGAAUCGCUGUAGUUUUGACAAUUUAGCAGCCAGUCAGCAGCAGAAGGCUUUCAGACUCAGUGACAUUUUUGACCCCAGUGAAGAGAGUGAUUGACUGAUUAUCCUAAAAGCAAUGCCUAAUUUGCAUAUUUAACUGCAAACAGCUCUGGUUGAAAGGUGGGUGCAGCUCACCACCUGCAAGUACCCAGGCUCUUGACAAUGGCAAAAGUCAGGAUGGGCACCUCUGUUUGUCUUGUUUCAUCUUGAAGAUGGAGUUAAACAGAGCUUUUGUGCCACAUUUUAUUUAAUUCAGCCUUGGUUUUAGAAGGUUUCAUGUAAGUAUUCAAGUUGCUUUCUCAAUGUCUCGCAAUACUUUUUUUCUGUGGAGUUGACAGCUGCUGUUUUCCUUUUAUGAAUGAACUUGGUCUUGAUAACUUUAUUUUUUUUUAAUUCAUGGGAUUGGAAAAAGGUUUUCAGUUUGCUUUUAAAACUCUGUAAUAAUCAAGUCUUCAGACAUCUGUGUAGAUGAAAACAGCACAACUUUAAAGUUUUUUUUAAACAGAUACCUUAUUCUUAAAAGCAACUGAUUUUAUUUUUGAUGCAGACUUACGCUUUUCUCAACUCUUCUAGAGGAAAAAAUACUUUUGUCCAUCACUAUUCAUAAUUUAAUGCUAACCAAAUCAAGUAAUAUAAAAGGUUGCAAUUAAUAUUUGGAAUACAGAGACAAAACAGUGUAUAUAUAUAUACACAUAUUAUAUAUAUAUUUUAAUUUUUCCAAGGAGAAUUUCUACAUUUGAAUAAGAAAAUUAAGCAAUAAGAUGGAGGUUGUACUCAUGUUUUGUAUGAUACUUUUAACUCUGCCUGAAAUGAUUAUUUGUAAAUUUACUAAAUUAAAGUAAAAAGUCCCAAAAAUACCUUACAAUGUAAAUUCUUUGUAAGGCUUGUUUAUAUUUCUCAUAUGCUGUACUAGAUAGUAAAGCAAGAAGACUCAGUCCCUGCUUUUUUAGGAUCAUUUUGGUAAGUGACAAUUUCCCUAUUUAAUUCUAGUAAUCACUAUUAAAAAUCUAGAACUUACAAAGCUUGAAAUCAAGGCCUUUUUGGAAGAUCUGGAAGGUGACUUAAGCAAGGGAUUUUAAAGGAAAACUUCCCAUAUUUAAGUGUCUGGCUUUAGUCUCUCUGCAGGUAGAAAGCACUGGGAUUUUUGUGAGACAGGCACAACCUCCCCUGCAGUCAGCCACUGCUUUGAGGGUAAAAGUUUUCCAGCCAAAAGCUGAAAUGGGAUGGGGGAAGGAAAGACACACCACUUCCACUUAGGUCUUUGUGUUGUUUCAUGGGCUUGAAGGUUAGAAGCUGAAAAACUUGAAUUUCUAAAUCUAAAAAAUUUGUAUUUUUCAAGGUUGGUUUUUUUUUUUUUCUGGUAAAUGGAGAUGCUCUGAAUUGUGUGCAGGCAAGAGCACAGAUGAUGCCUGGUUGUAUAGUUUGUAAAGUAGAUCUUGUAGAAAUAAACUUCUACUUCCAUUAUGAGAUUUAUUUUAUUCUUUGCUGUGAAAGAAAAAUGCUGUGGCUGAGUGGAAUGUACCUCACUCUAAAGAGAGAAGCAGCAAUGUUUUAUUGAGUGAGAUGAACAAUUUGACAGAGUUCAAAGAAUUUAAUAAAGUUUUAACAGUUGCUUACCAAGG